AGUUAGAUUUGUUACUUGUGGGAAUGGGCUGUGGAAAAUCAAGACUACAACAUAGUGAUGUCGAUUCCAACGACAAUGUGCCGGUCACUAGAGAAGUCGACGUGGUUGAGAGUGAAACGGAGCAAGCUAAAAUCGAGGCAGUACUCGAAGCUACAGACAUGCAAGGUUCAAAAAACAGUAGAGAAAGUAAAUUGCCUACAUUUAAACAGGCCACCACCGGUAAGCCAACUGUGACAAGUCGCAAACUCCCGCGCGCAAGAAAGUCAGAAAAUGGGAGGGGAAUUGAACUUAAUGCUUGGGGUGAGAAGAAAACGAAGAAAAAUGCCCAAAACAUUGCUUUGAAGCCGCAAGGAGACAGCGGGGAUGAUUCGGAGUUUGAGAGCGAAUACGGUCGAGAUGGAGUUGAUUUGACCUCCACACAUGUGACAAAUGACCACGAAACAGAGAAAUUAAUGAGCAACGCGCUGGGUCCAAGAUCGUCUCCUGAUGGGACAAAUCUUACCAACUACAGUGAAGGGCCAAAUAGGAUAUCGGCUUUGCAAAAGGUAAAUACGACGCCAGUCAGAUAACAACUUGUCCUAAAAAAAACAGGUAUAAGUAAAUAACGACUUUGUCAAGGUAAUAACUUGUCGGGAUAUAACUCAGUUGCUAGGUAAACAAUUUCUACGAUCCUGCUUAAUUAACUACCCUGCUAUACGUGAACACGCUAUAAGCACUGAUGGCCUGCGUGCUAAUUUUUUUCAGGCUUGGCUAGGGAGGGAAGAAGGGAAACAGGAAAACCAGUUCACUUAAAUCUUGAUCUACAGUAUCUCGAUUGCUUCAAUCUUAAAAUACCCGUGAUACCAAAUUGCAAAAUCGUUGAUAUGACUUACUGCCGAAAUUUACAUCCACUAAUGGCAGUAUACCUGACAUUUUGGCGACAAAAUACAAUACCUAGGUAAAAAAGAAGGUCGUGAGAUGAUCGUAAUACCCAAUCCCCCUGGCUGGUUCCGUCUUCUGUUUCCUUUUUCCGUCUGAAGCAAGGAAAUUAAAUAGGUUUGACGAUGUCUGUAUGCAGGCUAAGUUUUAAGAAUUUAGGAUCAUGACUUAUUAAGAAAAUCAUCUUUUUCCAUAAUUUGUACUUAAACACGCACAGAACAACGGCUCAAUUUUAUUUGAAAAAAAAAAUGCGCUUAUCUUUUCAUUUCCCUUAGCGAAGUAAUGCAAAUUAUGUUAUUUGUUAAAGCAAGUUUAAAAAUCCAUCGGCAAAAACAGCAUCCAUAAUUAUUGUUUUUGACAGGUGGAAUCCGACGAGACUUUCGAUCCUUCUACUUUAAUAGAUAUUGAAAAAUUUAAAGCCGCAAACGCUCCAACAAAACAGGUAAGUUAGGAAUAAAGUUAUUUAUGUUUUCGGAACGGUUUCAAUUGCAACAUAGGCUCAACGAAAAGUCGCCCUUGAUCACCUUCGAGUCGCGUCAGAGAUGACGCAAAACCUAGACAACCUAGACGUUCGCAACAGGCAGCAAAGCGUGGAAAAAGUUAACAAGGGUGCUAUCUAGUAUAAUGUUUUAGAAAGUUAUAUGGGAAUAUCUGCGUUAAAAGUACCCUUGAACAGCUCUUAAGCCAUGGACAGCAAUAACUUUUGAUGCAAGACCAGGUUUUCGGUUUUUACGGAAGUCCAGUCAAAGACCAUAGGUUUACCACGAGAGAUCAAUACAUAUGGUCUAGAUAGAAAGUAAACGCGGCCCUUACUGCGAACGAAUGGUCGCUACUCGAACUGUUGCUAGAAACGGUCGUUACUCGUUACUCGAACUGUUGCUAUGAAGUUUUUUUGGUUUUAUCAACUCCGAUUACAAAACUAAAAUUGCGUGCCUUAAAACAGUAAAUCUGCAAGGCAAGAAGAGUGCCCAGGCGGAAAGUUAUUAUGGUUUUAUAGACAAUAAAUAGCAAUAAGUAACAAUGAGUAGCUCCUAUUUUUUCUUGUGCUCGACAAAUUAAAGAGAACCGCUCUCGCUAUUUGCAUACUCAACAGGCCAACAGCUGAAAACAGCUUUUAUCGACUCCGGUCUGUCAAGCUGCGUACUGAUUGCAUUAGGGCAGUUUCAUAUUUUCUUUCAAAGUUUAAUACUACAAUGUAAGAAUACUCGAUUUGAUUAAAAGACCAACCAAGUUCACUUGCUUUUCAGAUAAAUACUUCAGUGCAUGAUUCAGGUAUGUAAGAAACACACUGACCAGAACUCAGAUAGACUGCUUGCAGUCCGCGUUUUCUCUUAAAAUCCGUCUAGUUCUUAUCUCAUCCAGCGCGAUUGCAAACGACGUUGUUAUUAUUACAAUAAGGGAUUGAGACCAGACGAGAAAAGACGGACUCUUAUUUUUUCUUCUCGGGCUUACGCUCUCGUUUCUCGCGGCUCGCGGCUUUACCGCUCACGUCCUUAGGUUUCGCGUGCAGUAACUUUGCAAAGAAAAAUAAGAGACUGCUCGCAGUCUAGAACUCACAGUGCAGUGUUUGCUCCAGGGAGCCUGGGGCACAAAAACUCACCGGCUUGAAUAUAAAGUUGAAUAUUUUACUGAUACUUUAUGCGAUUCUAAAACUAAUUCACGGCAAUCAUCUUUCUUGGAUUGCAGAAGGUACAAACGAAAAUGACGUCUCAGUAACGGAUAAGAAGUAAGAAUAUUUGCCUAUAAUUGUCUUUCUGAUGCAAAUCCCACGGUGAUCCGAAGUCUAAUAGUCAGCAAUAUAACUUUCAAUUGGCUAGGUUAGAGAAUUACCGUCCACUUAAAUAUAACCUCAAAAAGCUGCCACCGGGCCGCACAAGCGGUUUCGCAGAAGGUGGAUGGGUAUUCUGUGCGUAAUUGCUUCAUAUCUAACCUAAGCAGAUUUUCAAUGGCGACGGAGUCGGAGUCGUAAGCGCAGUUGUAAGGGCGCUUAUGACCUUGUAAAAAUCAACAAUCGGAGUCGUUAGCGGAGUCAUAAGCGCGACGGAAUCGGAAUCAGAAGAAUCAGAAAGUUUCCAUUUCUUCCAACUCUGUCGCUUACGUUCCGCUUAGAAUCUAGCUAGUGAAACCAGAUUGUCGGAAUCGGAAAUCGAAGUGGAAGGAUAAACCAGUCACAAUGCACAUUCCCACUUUUUGUGAUUGGUUUAGUUCUUCCGAGUCUGCCUGCGACUCCGGCAACCUAGUUUUCACUUGAUAGUAAACGACGGAAUCGUAAGCGGAAUCAGAACAUUGUUUUCAAUAGAUCGUUAAGUUCUACGUUUCUGAUGACUCCGACUGCGACUUCGUCGCUAGUGAAAACCAGCCUUACGCCUUAAUGAAUUUGCUGUCCAAUCCGCGAACGAAUCACCGCGACAGCGAUGCCGGAAUCACCGUACUGAACUGGUCUUUAAGGGUCGAAGGGUUACAAACAAACGGUUGGAUUUUCAAUUCAAUAUGGCUCCAAUACAUUCCCAAGAUCAAAACAUCAGUAAAUGCUCUAAAAUUAAGCGAUCAGGCCGUCUUUCUUAUUUUGAAGGGGUAAUGUUGUUAAGAAAAUGAACGUAAUAAGUAGAUAUAUCCAGACUAGGACUAAGUACUUAUUUAAAACUAUCAAAUAGUGCGAGCUUUACCAUUACUCUUCAACCGACAAUUUGUGAAUGAUAGUAAUCGAUGGACUGCGUGGAAUGACAUGAGCAAAAAAGAGAAAGAGGACGGAGGAAAACGGUAAGGGAAAAAAGGGGUCAUACCCUCCCACUUCAAGUCCCAUUCACUCCCAUCCCUUUUGAAGCCUGCCCCGUAGGUAGGUCCUCGGAGACCCUGCUGUAUCCUAAACUGGGAGGCUUUCGAUCUUUCUGUAAUCUUUGCCUGCAGCAGGUUAUAUGCCUCACCCCCAUCCCUCUCAAAGCCUGCCCCGUAGGCUUGUUACGGAGACCCUGGUGUAUCCUGAAUUGGGACGCCUUUACAGCGGUAAAGGAUACAAAAUUGCGCUCGAUCUCUCUCUUCACCUGCAGUAAUUUCGCCAUGAUUAUCCUGAUUAGCAGCAAUGCAAGAGCUAAUUGACCUUUUUUGUUUUGAUAUGCGCAGUGUUGCAGAGGCUAAAAACUCAGCAAACUACGACGAGUUCUACGAUGAUGACGAGAAGGAGCUUAUCGCCAGCAUUGAGAAAAACUUUGUUACAUUGUCACCUCCUGUCCUGCCUGGCUCAGUGAUUUAACAGACACACCCACGCAUGCUAACACAGGCAAAACAAAGCCUUUACCGGUCGUUUCGCUGCAUAAUGAAGUCGAUUCGCUGAGAGUUGGGAGCAGCAGCAGCAGUAGCGGUAGUUGUUGUAAAACUCUUGCUUCUUUCUAAGUACUUUGUUGAUCAUGAUAUUCAACAGCACUUGUCAGCGAUAACACAAGAAGAAACCCGACGGCAGAAAAAAAUAUCAGGAACGCGAAGGUCACUAUCAAUAAG